UAGCUUUUUUUCGUUGAAAGCCCGUGUACGUUGACCACCGGCCUUUCAGGGUUCCAGUUAACCACCGGCGAUGCCAUCCAAGAACGCAAUUAAUAAAAUAAAAAGAAAAAACAUUAGAAAAGUGAACAUAAAGAAGAUGAUGGGCCCGGUUGUAAUAUCCACGCAGAAUCUUUUGAUAUUUGACCUGGGCAUUGCCGAACUGGGGCUUUUUCUACUCCUUGAAUGCUGGCCAUUUCUUUGUUUAAGCGAGGGAGUGCAUUGCUCAGGAAUCUGCCUAUAAAGGGAAGCAUUUCGCAGUUUAUAGUUUCAAAGUAUGCGACCACCACAAGAAAAGUUUGUACUGCUUGGCUGAGAGGUUUGUCAUUGGAUGCAGACAUGCUCAAAGUCCCCCAAAAUCAGGUUGCUGGUCACCAAGCUGGUGGGGGAAAGCUUGGGCCACUUGUAGAUGAUUCUGGGUACUUUUACAAGCCUCUCCAAGGAGAUGAACGCGGAUCUAAAGAGGUUGCAUUUUACACUUCAUUUUCUUUAAACACUAAGGUUCCAGAUGACAUCCGCAAAUUCUUCCCGAUCUUUCAUGGCACUCAGCUUGUUGAGGCAUCUGAUGGAUCUGGCUUAAAAUCUCACCUAGUUUUGGAAGAUCUUACUUUAGGCCGUGUCAAUCCUUCAAUAAUGGACAUCAAGAUUGGCUCCAGAACUUGGUCCCCACAAGCAUCUGAGGACUACAUAGCGAAGUGUUUGAAGAAGGAUAGAGAAUCAUCAAGCCUCCUGUUAGGAUUCAGGUUAUCAGGUCUACAGUUUUAUACCAACAAAGAAUCAGUAUUCAGGAAACCUACAAGGAAAUCUGUUCAGAGUCUUUCUGCCGAGGAAAUUAAGUUAGUUCUGAAAAAUUUUGUUUCUUCUAACACUUCUACAGAGUUGGAAUCAAAACCAGAUUGUGCUUUUGCAUCACUUGUUUUUGGUGGUCCCACUGGUAUUUUGUCACAGUUAUUUGAGUUGAAAUCAUGGUUUGAGGAUCAAACUCUAUACCAUUUUUAUUCUGUCUCAGUUCAUAUGAUGUAUGAAAAACGGCUUGCUUCAGAAGGAAGGAAUCCUGGAGCAGAGAUUAAGCUUAUUGAUUUUGCACAUGUUGAUGAAGGCAGGGGUGUCAUUGAUCACAAUUUCUUGGGUGGGAUCUGCUCUUUAGUAAAGUUCAUUUCUGAAAUUCUUAGGGCUACAGAUGACUGCCCAACCAAAGCUUGUUCAAAAGAUGCUCAGAAGAAACACUAUAUAACUGAUAAUGGAAUAAACUGAUUGAAGUAAAUUAUCUGCUGGGUGAUGAAGUGGAGAAUUUUUUUCUUUCCCUCUGUGACAAGUUACAGAAGUGAAGAUCAGAUCGAGCUGUUGGAUUUUGCUGAUUCGGAUAUGGUUAACUUUACUUAUGGUCAACUAUUGAACAUGUUCAGAAGAUGCUAGUUGGGACUUGGGAAGCAACUGUUGCUUUAUAUUGUACUUGUUCAACAAAUAUUUUAGGCCCUAACUCUGUUCGCAGUUUACUUACCACUUCUAGCAAGCUUUUCUGAUUGGUCCUUUUGUCUUCUGGAUUAUUGAGUAUUGCAGCUACGGUUACUGGA